AUGCCUGGAAUGAACCCCAUGUCCAUGUUCGGCGGUUUCGGUGCCGGCGGUAUGGGCAUGCAAGACAUGAGUGGUAUGAACAUGGGGAUGGGCUUUGGAGGCGGUUUCGGUGGCAAUUGGAAUGGACAGCAGGGAAUGGGCGGAAACUUUGGCGCUGGCUAUUAUCCCCACGCUGGAUAUAAUCAACCGCAAAUGCACCAAGGAGGCUAUGCCAAUCAACAGUUCCCCAAUCAUAAUGACUACCAGAACCAGAACCGCUUCCAACAGCGUGGUGGCUUUGCUGGCCGUGGGAGAGGCGGUGCUGCGUUUGCUGGUGGGAAUCAAGGCCCAUCUAACCCUCAGACUCAGCAAGACGACGCUGCUUAUCCUCAACAUGCCGAACAGGGCGACCGUCGUCCCUCGCAAGCCGGCACUGAGUCGGCUGAAGCUGGUGCCGAAAGACGCAACUCCCAAUCUGUAGCUUCUGUUUCCCAGAUGCCUGGAGAUGAUACUCCUGCCCUAGAGCAACAGCUACAUGCUAUCAAUGAGGACACUAACGAACAGGCCCCACAAGGUGAACAGCAAACAGAAGGUCAAGAUCUUGAGAAUGGCAACGAGAUGCAGGGAUUGCAGAAUGAACAAGACAAUCAGAUGAUGAACUCGAACAAUGAAGGUGAGCGUNNAUCAAGCAAAUAG